AUGGCCUCCUCUAAACAGGUUUUCAUCGCAAUCAUCGGUGCUGGCGGAGUUGGAAAAUGCUUCCUGUCCCAGCUUGAGACCUUGGCUGCCCGUCGACCGUCCCCGAAGCUCACUCUGAUCUACAUCUCGACCAGCAAGAAGGCCUUGUACGAUGCCAACUACGCUCCCAUCCCCUUUGCUGGCGCCAUCGAGGAAUUGUCUCGCGCUUCGCAAGCUCCUCCUGCUCUCCCCCAGCUCGCCGAGUAUCUUGCCGCUGUCGCUCCCCCGGCCAAGGUCGUCUUAGUCGAUAACACCAGCUCCCAGGAUGUCGCCGAUGCGUACCCUGUCUUCCUCGGUAAGGGAAUCAGCAUCGUGACCCCGAACAAAAAGGCCUUCUCUGGGUCCUACAAGCUGUGGCAGGAUAUUUUCAGCGCGGCGUCGACCUCCGGUGCUAAGGUUUACCACGAGUCUUCGGUGGGCGCGGGCCUGCCUGUCAUCUCGACGUUGAAGGAUCUUGUCGACACGGGUGAUCGCGUCACCAAGAUUGAAGGUGUUUUCAGCGGUACUAUGUCCUUCCUCUUCAACUCUUUUGCUCCGACUUCGGGCGCUGGCGGCAAGUGGUCUGCCGAGGUGGCCAAGGCCAAGGAGCUGGGCUACACGGAGCCCGACCCGAGAGACGAUCUGAACGGCCUCGAUGUCGCCCGUAAGCUCACCAUUCUGGCUAGACUGGCGGGACUUCCCGUCGAGUCGCCCACCUCGUUCCCUGUCCAGAGCUUGAUUCCCAAGGAGCUCGAGUCAUGCUCAAGCGGAGAUGAGUUCCUGCAGAGGCUGCCCGGAUUUGACACUCAAAUGGAGGAGACCAAGGCUGCUGCAGAAAAGCAGGGCAAGGUCGUUCGCUUUGUUGGUAGCAUCGACGUCGCCAGCAAGCAGGUCAAGGUUGGCCUGGAGCAAUUCGACGCAUCCCACCCUAUUGCCGCCCUCAAGGGCAGCGAUAACAUCAUCAGCUUCUACACGGAACGUUACGGCAGCAACCCACUCAUCGUCCAGGGGGCGGGCGCUGGUGGAGAUGUCACGGCCAUGGGUGUCACGGCUGAUUUGAUCAAGGUAUUGGGCCAGAUUGCUUGA